CGCAACUCUCCCAAUUCUAGCGUGUACAAAAUCGAAUUGCACAUGCGCGAGCUAAGUAGGUAACCAAUCACGUAACUGAUCCUCUAUCACACUUCCUCUCUCUAGUUUUCUAUAAUUCUCUCGGUCACAUUUAAAUGUCCAUAUAAACCAUAAAAUUCAUAUAAAACGCAGUAGUGAAAUCGGAGCAAAUUGGAGUGAGCAUUGAACAAUCGAAGCCGUGUUAAUAUAAAACGUGUAAAGUGUUUGGUGAAUAGUAACGUGUAAAGUGUUCAGUGAAAGAAGUGGAAAAAGUGAAAAUUAAUAUUGACGGUGUCGAAAACGAAGGUUAUGUUCACUUCGGAGAAUAGUUAAUUUGUAUAAGGAUAUACAGAUUUUCAAUUCUCUGCCAGUAAACACAUUUGAUCUUAGCUUUGUUGCAGGUGCUGCUUCUUAGAAGAUACAGAAAAAUCAAGGAAAAAGGAUGUCGACCCAUAAAUCAAAUUUAUGGUGUGUAAUGAAGGAGUGCAAUUACAAUGUUACAGAGAAAAGACACUUCUUUAUGUUUCCAAAGGAAUGUGAUAGAUGGUUGCAGUGGAUACACGCAUCUGGAAGAUUUGAUUUACAAGUGAUGGGCCCAGAAUACGCUCAUCGCAACUAUCGACUGUGCCACUUGCAUUUUGAAGAAAAGUGGUACAAAAUAGGCAAAUGUAGAGCCAGUCUUCUUCCUAAUGCUGUUCCAACAAUAUUUUUUGGAAGAAACAAUACACCUGUAACAUCAUUUCAAGAAGAAAAUAUAACUGAAAAAGAUUAGGACAAGAUUCAACAAGAAGAAACGAACAGGUUUUUUAACUUUUAUAUAUCUUAUACAAUAUUCUGUUUCAAGAUGGGGACAAUGCAAUGUAGAGGCCAGAAAUUAGACGAAUUAGAUGAAUGGAAAACUACAAAAAAGAUGGAACAUUCCCUACUGGAAAAGUUGUGUGAUUAGAUACAUCUGCGUUACG